AUGCAACUCUUACCAACAGUUGUUUUGUUGCUCUUGAAUGCAGUAUCUACUCGCUCAGCAACAGAAUAUGCAAAUCCCUCGUUGGAGGUUGUUGAGAGCAGCCCAGCCUCUACAUAUUCCGACAAUGAUAUCGUCCGCCACAUCAACGAAAUCGAGUCGCGACUUGCUAGCACACCCAUCCAUGGGCUGAAGAAGAUGAGUCCCGACGAAGGGGAGAAAUUCUUUUUCGAUUACUGGAGUUUUGGACCCGAGCCACAAGGCCAAUUAUCAGAACGAGAGGAAGAACAGAAUCAAAGCAAUGAUACCCUGGGGAUUGAUGACCUCCCGUCGAAUCCCUUUCACCCCAGGUCUUAUCCAUUUCAACCAUCGCUUCCAUUCGAAGCGAACCGCUGGAGUCUUUUGAGCUCUAGGGAUUUCAAAUGUCCGACUGGAACGCAGGCGUGUACAUCGAUUGGGCGAUCUGAUCGGUGUUGCAGUACUGGGGAUACAUGUGAGCAUGUUGAGGAUACAGGAUCGGGAGAUGUAGGGUGUUGUCCCAAUGGAAAUACGUGCUCUAAUGUAGUAGGAGCGUGCCCGGGCAGUGAGACAACUUGUUCUGAGGCUCUGGGGGGAGGGUGCUGUAUAGCUGGAUAUGAAUGUGUUACAGGCGGCUGUGUAUUCGUCUCUGUUGUUACGAUGACCAUCCACUCCACAGUGACGCUGUCUACAAAAACAUAUUCGUCCGUUCCGCAGGGCAGCCCGUCCUCAUCGCAGUCUACCAGCAACACUGCAACUACUGAAAAUCUCGUGCCACCAGCGCGACCGACGGGUAUUUCGACUUCUACGAAAGGAACUACAAGUCGUGUUAGUGUCUGUCCGACUGGGUUCUACGCGUGCUCUGCUGUUUAUCACGGCGGUUGCUGCCAAAUUGGACGAAACUGCGAUACGACUUCGUGUCCUACCACGAGCUCGACCACGUUCACAUCGGAUGGGGUGACAAUCGUUGAGCCUGUGACAACUGGAAGCGGAGAGUCUGGCAGUGGGAAUACGGGGAAGUGCGCUACGGGUUGGUUCAGCUGUGCCGAUACGGUCGGCGGUGGGUGUUGUCCGUCAGGGUACACCUGUGGAUCGAGUUGUACGGCUGCAGCGUCAAAGACAACGAUCGCCAAGGAACAAGCGACCAGCCGAGGGGGCAAGUUGACAAUUCCGUGGGGAUUGAUAGGAAUGAGUCUUGCGUGGUGGAUCUAA